GACUGAUCGAGUGAUCUUGCUUGCAUUGCGAGCGUGCACUAGCAGAGCAAGGCACUAGCCUAGCCACCACCAUGUCGCUGGCAGGUGGUGGUUGGAGUCGGCGGGGUGGCGGCGGCAGCAGGUUCGAGCAGCCUCCGCCCGUGGUGGUGGUGGACGUCGGCUGCAACUGCCGCGCGCCGAGGCUGCUCAGCUCCUUCAUCUCCUCGCUCAAGUCCCACGCGCGCGGCGUCGUCGGCAAGCCCAAGUCGUCUCCGCACGUCUCGUCGUCGUCUUUCUGGUCGUCAUCUGCUACCACGGGCUUCACGUCGUCCACCUCCAUCACCACCGCCACGACGACCUUGUCGUCGCUAGACCACCACCACCCGUCGUGCGGCCCAGCGACGUACGCCGCAAACGCCAACGUCUACGAGGUCGACGACGAUGCUGACCACGCAACGCGUCAGAGGCGGCGGCGGCGGCUGAGGAGGAGGAGGAGGAGCACGAGCACGAGCACGUGCGGGAGAGCGGCGGCGCUGGGGGAGGAGACGGCGGUGGCGGUGGCGGUGGAGGUGGAGUCCGCGGCGCCGUACGAGGACUUCCGCGAGUCGAUGGUGGCGAUGGUGACGGAGAAGGAGAUGUACGCGUGGGAGGACCUGAACGCGUUGCUGCAGCAGUUUCUGGCACUCAACUCGCCGCGCCACCACCCGCACAUCCUCACCGCCUUCGCCGACCUCUGGGCACCCCGCGGAGGCCCCUUCUGCCCUCCGUCCCCGUGCCUCUGAACGUCUCGCACCAAGCCAAUGUUCGUCGACGUUCGUCGCCUCGUAGGCCUGCAACUGCAAAGCUAGUCCGCGGGAGAUGUUGAUAUUAUUGGCAUUGCACUGUAACGCGUAUGUGCUGGUUAUAAUAAGACAGUGCUAUAAUAAUCUACUAGCGUGCAUGCGAUGGUGAUGGUAGUCUCUUAUCUAAUCCAAGGUGGUGCAGUAGUGGUAUUAGGGCGUGAUGCAGGUAUUUGUGCAACGAUUUUAUAAUUUUAUUAACUUUUUUCUACAUUAACUUUGUACUCCCUUUAAG